ACACGGGGUUUGUUGAAAUAUCGUGCUAACAGGUCACGUGAUGUUAUUUUCAUCGAUAAUCAUUCGUACAUAAGAGUCAAACCAAAGAGUAAACUAAGUAUUAUCUAUAGAUUUGCAUGAAAAUCAAAAUCUUAAAUUGGAUAUGCUAUUGAAUUACAUCCCAAAUUCUCUAAACAAGUUAAAUUUGUUCAUUGAACCUAAUUCCCAUCAAAUUCCCAUAUCAAGCCAUUAGCCCUAUCAAACCCAACGGCCAGCACUCACCAACUCACCCCUGCAUAUAAUCGGUAGAUAAGUUGCAAAAGAAAGGCAGAUCCAAAAUUCCAAUUUCACCCUCAUUCUUCCUUCCCUUCCAAUGUAUAUAUAAAACCCUCCGUUACUGCUCACAUCAUUUUACAGUGCUCACUGUAAACACCCCCAAAAACGAAAAACAGAAAAAUUAUAACGGUCAAUCAGAAACAGACAAGACAAAAUCCCAAAGAAAAGUCAGAGGAGAAAGAAAAAAACAUUUGUGGAAUGUCGGACAUAUUUUGCCGCGACUGUAACAUGCUGACGGAGGUUGUGUUCGACCACUCAGCGGGCGACACGAUAUGCUCGGAGUGCGGGCUCGUGCUGGAGUCUCGCUCCGUCGACGAGACUUCCGAGUGGCGCUCCUUCGCCGACGAGUCCAACGGCAAUGACCCGAACCGGGUCGGGGGACCUGUUAACCCGCUUUUGGCCGACGGUGGGCUUUCCACCGUUAUCUCAGGUCCCAGUAACGGAGCUUCCUCCAAUGCCUUGCCGUCCUCCGUCGGCAGGUGGCAGUGCCGCGCCUCUAAACCCGACCGGCAUCUUCUCAACAUCUUCAGUGCUAUUGCUAUUAUGGCCGACAGGUUGGGGCUUGUCACAACCAUAAAGGAUCGAGCCAAUGAGAUAUAUAAGAAGGUGGAAGAUCAAAGACCUCUGAGAGGACGCAAUCAAGAUGCAGUUGUGGCUGCUUGCCUCUACAUUGCCUGCAGACAAGAAAAUAAGCCUCGUACUGUGAAAGAAAUAUGCUCCGCAGUCAGUGGAGCUAGCAAGAAAGAAAUUGGGCGGGCCAAAGAGUUCAUUUGGAAACACCUUGAGGUUGAGAUAGGUCAGGAAAUAGGAACCAUUCAUGCUGGAGACUAUCUGAGACGUUUUUGCUCCAAUCUUGGAAUGAAGAAUCUGGAAGUCAAGGCUGCCCAAGAAACUGUGCAGAAAUCUGAAGACCUUGUCAUAAGGAGGAGCCCGAUAUCGGUGGCAGCUGCAGUUAUAUACAUCAUAACCCAACUAUCGGAUGACAAAAGGACUUUUAAAGAUAUUUCGCUCGCUACUAGAGUGGCUGAAGGGACCAUCAAGAAUUCCUACAAAGACUUGUAUCCUCAUCUGCCACGCCUAAUACCGAACUGGUUUGCCAAGGAGGAAGAUGUCAAGAAUCUCUGCAACUAAAACUGGUUGAAGGUGAUAGCUAUCAAUAACAGAUGCAGCAUCGAAAACAAUUUAAUGCUUCUUCCUUCAUUUUAAGAAGGAAAUGAAGGUAAUAGGAAUUCUUUCUGCUCUUUUCCUAGUUCUAUUUUUACUUCCCAUGUAAAUAGAACAGGCUUUCCCUCCACCUCAUAGUCUUUGAUAGAGCAUAUAGUUGAAUAUGACUCAUGGAAAUGGUUCAAACAUUGAGUUUUUCCCUCUAAAUCAGUUUGUAAAAGGGCCCUCACCCUUGUAUUGGCAUGGAACCAGUUAUCUAGUGAAGUUGCUAUCUUGAAUUA